AUGUCCAAGGGCACAGCGUCGUUCGGUAAGCGCCACACGCGCAUUCACGGCAGCUGCCGCCGGUGCGGCAAGCACUCCUUCCACCUACAGAAGCACGAGUGUGCGUCUUGCGGGUACCCGUCUGCCAAGAUGCGCAGGUACAACUGGAGCUACAAGUCUCUCCGCAGAAGGACACAGGGGACGGGCAGCAUGUCCCACAUGCGCAAGGUCUACAGGGCCUACAACUCGGGAACGCUCAAGGCAAACGCCAGGAAGUACCUUGCCAAGUAA